GUCCAAAUGUUGUCAUUGCCUUGAUCGCUCACACAAUUCAAUGAGAAGAUCUGAUUGAAGAGGAUGCAUGCUUUUACCCCGCGCUGGCCAUUCUAGUGUCUGUCUUCCCGUUGGUCUUGAUGCAGCUAGAUUCGCAGUCUCUUAGUACAACUGUACAUUCAGUUUUUCCACAACCCAGAGUUCGUCACAUCUGAGAAAUCUGCAAUAUCAUGCAUUCUAUGACAUUUUGCUUUCACAUCGCGCCAUCUUUGCUGAGAACUUGAUUUCAGUGCAAAAUAAUUCAUGCCCAGCGAAUUGUGACACUACGAAGGGAAGAUCAGUUUUCUUCGGGAGAGCCGGGCUUUCGGAUUGAAGAGAGGGCCUCCUCUCCGCGUUGAAGGAGAUAGCAGGAGAGAAAGGAAGGGGCAGGUGCGUCCAUCGUCAGUCACGCUGCUGAACUUGCGACACGACUUGUGGAAUGGACUCCGCACACGAGGAACCGGAGCUUCCCUCCGCCAUCCAGGACCUUGUCCAGCGUCUGGAAGGACAAGGCGAGCCUUUAACGCAGCUACCCGAUUUAAGCGGGCCAGAAUUUCGGGAGUUCUUUCCGAAGCGUGCAUCACUUUCGACAAUCACAGGGUGGCGAAGCCAAGUGCGCCUUCGAGUGCUGGAGGCAAUCGGCAACUGCAACACCUUUGAGAUUCUGGACGUGGAAGAUAUUAUUUGGGGAGAUAUAUCGAGGUUGACGGCAAGCGAGUGGUAGCAAGUUUUCAGAGGUUUCAGUUCUAGCACCGAUCUACAGUCGAUAAGAGUUGGAGUAGCCACUACGAAGUUGGAAUGGAGAUCAGAUGCGGAAGUGGAGAACUGGUGUUUACAGCUGGGGAGAAUUCUGAAUUCCUCUAGCGUAACAAAAUUAGAACUGUGGAAUUGCGGAUUGAGUGCUAGAUGCUGGUUGAAUCUCGCCUCAGGACUUCGAGGAUAUUCCGAGUCUAAAAUCCAGUCUUUAUAUUUAAGAUACGCGUGGGAGGACGCGAGUGCGGUGAAGCAUGUGGCUGAAAUGAUCAAGAGUACUCCUCUAUUAGAAACGUUGAGUUUAAUCUUCUCUGAGAAGGACAUGGAGGACGGGACCGUCGGAAUCCUGUCCCAGGCGUUGAUCCAGAGCUCGUCGUUGAAGGUAUUGAAUUUAGCACGCUCGGGGAAGUGGGCAGGGCCCUUGUUGCUGAAAGCAUUGGCCGGAGACGAUCGCAACCGAUCCAUUGAACGUCUUCGGCUAGAGGUCAUUGAUGGACUCGGAGACUGUUUAAGGGAAAUUCUUAUUUCCAACCCAUCAUUGAAGAAAGUGGAGUUGGCCCGCUCCCAUAUGAGUCCUGAGGAAUGGCACCAGCUCGGGGAAGUCAUACGUGACAAUGCUAUAGCGACAACUAUACUUGCAAGGUUUUGGUUCGAACAUGCGGAAUGGAAGCCAAUAGAAGCUCUUGCGUGUUCUGCUAGCUCCGAUGUCAAUGACCCCACACUGGAGCUUGACCUCUUCACUCGCGUGGAAGAUGAAGUGAUGUUAUCAUUACACCUAUUAGGUAGUGUACUGCGCGGGGAAAUCAAAUCUUUAAAAUCUCUGAUUAUAUGGAAGGGAUCUAAAAAAAGUAUCAUUUUCAGUAUCCUCCCCAUGAAUGGGAAAACUGGAGAAACUUCAGUCCAGAAGAGACUGGAAUUAUUUGUUCGAAGCCAAGUUCUUUCAAAGGGAGAAUGGGAGGAGCUGCUUCGGUGCAUGCGAGGGAACCACCUCACUCACUUGGAUUUGUCUGACUCCGAACUCGACGAGGAGGCGUUCAGGGACGUGAUGGGAGUCCUGCAGGUGAACUUGGCUCUCCAGGAAAUCGACGUCUCACGAACAUCGUGGGCACGGGACGGAAAGGCGGCGCAGAUUCAAGAGGCCCUGCAGCAGAACAAGGAGCGGGCAGGCUACAUGUCUGUGUUCCGAGAAGCCAACUUAACAUUCGGAGAUGCAAAAGCUGGCCGACUCUUCUUAUGCGGCUCUCCUCGAGCAGGAAAAACUCAAUUGCGUAAAACCUUGAUGAGGAUACAGCAAAGCUGGCUACAGAGAAGCAGUCCAUUCAAUAAAUGGGAGGCAUUGCGGAGGACCAAAGGGAUUGAGGUGGAGUUUUUGCAAAACAAUGACAAAAUACAGAUCUCAGUUUGGGAUCUUGCAGGACAAUGGAUUUUCCGUACCCUUCAAACUUUACUCUUCCCUCAAACCAACAAUUUCUGUGUUUUUGUUUUUGUGUAUAGCCCCUUUUGUAAGAAAGGAAAGAAAACAUCUUCAAUCAAACCAGAAUCUUGUUUCAGAUGUGAGUUGGAGGAGUGGUUGAGUUUUAUAACAUCUAGCACUAAGGUCACGGGACAUGAUCUUCCCCAAGUUAUUGUUGUGAUUUCUCACAAGGAUAAAGCCAUAUCCAGCUCUUUGAGUUGGGCUCAGCCCAUAGUGGAAGAAUUGACUAAAAGAUUCGCAAACUUUGUGGAUCUUCGUCAUAUUCAAGAGUGUUUUCAUGUGGAUGCACGGAAGAAGAAGGAAGUUAGCUCUCUUAACAGACACAUUUUUGACAAUUUCCACAAGUUGUUGAGAGAAAAAUCCCCACAGGUUCCUGAAUUGUGUUUACAACUCACCUCUCUCUUAGUUACCAACACCAAGAAGAAUAAAAGUUUUCCUUUGUGGUCAUCUCAAAAGUUUUAUGAUUUCUGUGCUCCACAAUUGACAAGCUUUGUUCCAUCAUCUUCUGCUCACUAUGAUAAUCAUUUCAAGAUAAUGAAAUCUAUUAUAUCCUAUUUGAAUGAUGUUGGAUCCAUCAUUUACAUCCCCAACCUUGAUUACAUCAUUGUCGAUCCCAACUGGCUUACCAAUACCUUCUUGGGUGAGCUGAUAGCUCUGGGUCAAAACUUCCAAGCUCAAGAGUCAAAGUCGUCUUAUCGAAUGAGUUCAUACGCAAGCAAGGACGGAUUUGUGAGCGAGAUUGUCUUUGCUGGACUGAUACAGAAGUUUUUGGGAAAGCAACCACGCUUUCAAAAUGUGAACAGAAAGAUGCUUGAAAGCAUCCUCAUCAAUUUAGAUUUGUGUUUCAAGCUGGAAGAUACUUCUGAGUAUUUCAUUCCUUCCUUCAUCCCUGAGCAUGCAAGCAAGGAGGAACAGAAUCGUGAAGAUGGGGCGCACGCGGAGUCGAUGUAUUGGGAAAAUAGAUGUGACACUCCACAGUUUGUCGGCAUACGAAUUCAAUGCAAAGAUGAAAGAACAAUGUCAUUGAUUGCUGCUUUUUUUCCACGCUUCCAGAUGUUCAUGAGACUCAAGUUGAUAUAUGAGAUGGGUGUUUCCGAGGAGAAUGUGACCUGUUCUCGACAUUACCUGCGACUUUUCCUUGACGGACAUCAGAUAUAUAUCGAGCACGUUCAAAGUGAAAAGUCCCCCAAAUACGUAGAUGUUCUGAUGUUAUGCUCGAGGCAUAAGUCAAGGGAGGCGGCUAUUACAUACGUGAGGAAACAUAUCGUCCAGGAGUUGAUAUCAUUUUGCGCAUCACCGAAAGGCUGUCCUGGGGUGGCGUUAGUGCUCGGUGUAAUUCAAACAUUUUGCGUGGAGAUGUUGAUUGAGAGUCAUCUCAGACGAGCCAUUCUGGUCGAGAAGCUGAAAUCGGACUUCAUUCGUAGCAUCAAUGAUAAACUUGAGGAAAUGCCCUUGGAAAGAUCGCAAUUGAUGGAGAAGGAAGAGUUGUUGCAGUUGAUGGAGAAGGAAGAGUUGUUCAACUAUGAGCAGUGUUGGCCUCCGAUUGGAAUGGACACCGGCGGAAUAUCCGAACUAGCAAGGGAUUUGUUGUGGGAGAGCGAUGUGGAAGCAGUUGUGAAUGAGAUUUUCCAGAAUCGAAUUCAACAAUUGGAAUCAUUGCAGGAAGCUAUAAUUAGCAUGGACAAUGAUUUGGCUCAGUGUUAUCCUGAAGCUGAAAACAUGGUUAGCGACUUGAAUCUCUCACAAUUGAAAGAUCUCAAAUCACUCACAUCCAUGUGCUUGAGUCAGGUCAGCACAAGUGUGGAAAGUACUUCGACCCAACUUGUUGUGUUCAAGAUUGAGCAACUAGGAGAAAAGAUAGUACAAAAGCUUGAUGGUUUGGAUGAGAGGUUGAGAUCAAUGCAGAGCUCAAUGGGACAGAUACUCUCUGCGCAACAAGAAGUGCAGUCAAAGUUGAGCGUCUUCAUGUCUAAGGUAGACAGGUGCAUUGGCUAUUUGCAAACGUUUCAGCAAGGGAAAACGCCUAAACGACCUUACGUUACGGACGAUGUGGGACAUUUAUAUAGGUUGAGUGCAGGUCUGCAUGUUGGGAGAAUUGUUCGAUUACACUUGAUGUGUGAGUCGGUGACUGGGUUUCACACUGUCAAAGAUCAAGAAGGGUUGAAGUUACGAUUGGAUUUGGAGAAGUGGGAGUGGAUUCGAAAAACUAUCGAGAUUUCAUACAAAAUCAUAUAUUAUGGUGCAAAGGCUGGACUGACUAAGUUCUUUGGGUUGGGCGAAGCGAUUCCGGACUGGGCAGAUUUGGAAUCAGAUAUUGUUAAUCUAGUUGGUAUUAGCAGCGAAGAUCGCAUGGCAGUUCUAAUAGGUGGGGAAAGCAAGGAGCUUCAAGAAGCAUGGUUGAGGAUUCAGCAAAUUCUUGCGCCUCAGCUUUUAAAUCGCUAUUCUGAAAUCUUCAAGUUGUAUCAGGUGAAAUCCGUGAGUUUAGAAAAAGGUGGGCAUGCAUGGGUGUGCGAGAAGUGCAUGAAUAAAGGCCUUCGCAGUGGAAGUUUGACAUGUUAGAAUUUAGAAGAGGUUAGAAUGCCACUAUGCAAUUGACAAGCAUAUGUUUAGACCCUCAUGCAAUAUACAACUCUGCAAAUUCUUCCUUGCAGUUUUCACA